AUGUCUACAUUCAUCGUACACCGCUUCCGCUUCUCACUGUCACGACGCGCCCUACAUACGACUGCAAUCCGGUAUGUCGACCGUCCAACGGCAUUCACGAACAUGCUUGCAGGGGAUGUUCCGCCCCCUGUGCAAGUUAGUUCUAUAACGUCGGCAGGUAUCCAGCUAGCAGACGGGCUUGUCCUUCCAUCUGCGUCCAUCUUCCUGGACGGCAAGGUCUUUUUGUGGAAUGUUCCCUCGCAUCUAUGGGAUGGCUGGGGUCGCGAGCAUCUGAGUGUAUUUGAGACUGUUGUCCCGAAACCAGAAAUAUUGGUGUUUGGCACUGGGAGACGGAUGGAGCUUCCGCCUCCGAGUAUAAGAGGCUACCUGAAGGAGAUGGGAAUACAACUUGACAUCAUGGAUACGAGAAACGCGUGCUCGACGUAUAACUUGCUCGCGGAAGAGGGUCGGCGGGUAGCCGCUGCAUUGCUCCCAUACACCCCGCGCCCAUGGCGGUCAUAA